UCUGUCUCCCCAAACUGAGCGGUUGGAGUUUUCCGGCGGGAAACUGUGUUACACGUGCGCGCCCACAAAAAGUUUGUCAAAAAGUGUCUUCCGGAACUUGGUCGGAUGAUUGUGGCGUGAAGUUGUUUUGUUGGCGAUAGUUAGUUUAAGUUAGUUUGUAGUGGUUUUCGCCCAUCCAAGAUUACGCAGCUAUAUGAUUCCAGAAUGAAUUCAUUUGAAACAGAAAAUACAAUAGCAGCCUCCUUUAACCAUCUGGCAAUUUACUUAAACGACCAGAAAUAAGUUCAUUCAUUUUCAUUUACUAUACCGACAUGGACAACAACUUUGAAAUGUCGGACGAUAAUUCAACUUCAGCCACAGAUUCGUAUAAUGACAGCGAUUACGUCGAUCCAAGGUUGAUGGAGAGGUAUCUCCAGAAUAAAGCAAUUGAUGAACCAGCCUAUACGGUCCUUAUUGUGAUGUACUGCUUUCUGAUGAUUAUGGGAGCUUUAGGAAACACUCUUGUUAUCGUAGCCGUAGUUCGCAAGCCAGCCAUGAGAACUCCUAGAAAUAUGUUUAUAGUAAACUUAGCAGUAGCGGAUCUUCUCUUGUGCGCUAUUACAAUGCCCCUUACUCUUAUGGAAAUUUUGACGAAAUACUUCCCUCUCGGAAACAAUCUGUUUAUAUGCAAGCUAAUUGGCAUACUCCAAGCAACAAGUACUUACGUUUCUACCAUCUCCAUUACUGCGAUAGCGCUGGAUAGGUAUCAGGUUAUCGUAUAUCCAACCAAGGAGAGUUUACAGCAGUUUGGAGCAACGCUUAUUCUUCUUCUAAUAUGGAUGGUGGCAUUAUUGCUUGCAAUGCCUCUAUUCGUUGUAAGACAUCUUGUACACCACACAGUCUCCAUUCCGUCAAUGGAGAUGGAAUGUUUAAAUAUCAACUUUUGUAUAGAAAAUUGGCCAAUAGAUCACGGCAGGGCGUACUACUCGAUAUUUUCGUUAAUUUUCCAGUACACACUGCCCAUUAUUAUUGUGUCGGCUGCCUACGUAAGAAUUUCUUAUAAGCUAAGAAAUCGAUUCGCUAGCGGUUUUACUAGUGAUGAAGGACAUGGCAAUCGACGGGAACUUCGUGGACGCCGUCUUCAUAGAACUAAUUUGCUACUAGGGUCAAUUGCCGUCAUAUUUUGUAUAAGCUGGUUGCCACUUAACGUAUUCAAUUUGGUAGCGGAUCUUUCGGCAAAUGACUCUUUUACUUCGCAGCCAAUGAUGAUUUGUUACGCUGUGUGCCACAUGAUGGGAAUGUCUUCAGCCUGUUCCAAUCCCAUUCUCUACGGUUGCCUCAACGAAAAUUUCUGGAAGGAGUUUAAAGACAUCUUGUGUAUAGAGUCUAGUGUUGACACACCCGGUAAUUCGAAAAAGGUGUCCUUUCGUAAAAGUUCCCAAAAAUCGCAAAACAAAAGUAAGCCAGAUCUAGUGACGGGUGCCAUGGAUUACCAGCCGUGUAACACCGUUAGCACUGACAUGACAGUAUUGACCAAGUGCUAGCCUUGGAGGAGUGCGUAUGUAAAUAGUAACAAUUGUAUAAGAGACGAUAAAACUAUUGACUGUGUGUGAAACAUGAUACGAAGGGAGUUUUAUAACUUUACAAGAACUAUAUUAAUGACCAAUAAGUUAAGUAGUGCACAUUACCAGAACAAACAUUUGUAUGUUAGUUAUACAUUUUUGUUUUCAAUAUAUAAAUAAUAUUUUAA